AAUUUUUUUUAUAGAAAUGGCUGCAGCUGCUGACACCAGGCAAUAAUAAAUGUAAUCGUUCUGAUGGUCUCCAGUUUUAUUUGAAUAUUUACCUCACUCCGUACUGUGUAAGAUCUAAUUUGGAUGUCACAGCCUUGGCCUUAUUCCUCAGUUCAUUUGAAUUUUUGUACAGGAUUCUCGCUCAAAAUUAUAAAUUGUACUUAGAAACAACACAUCGCCACAAUGAGUGAUACGUUUAAUAAAGUAUUCGACGUCGUCAAAAAGUACUUGCGUGAGAAUAAAGAUAAGAAUAGAUUGAAAAAAGAAAUAUCUCUGGAAAGAUGGCUGAAAGUGUUGAUAAGCAUCCAACCGAACAUUAAUAAAGACCUGGAAACUUAUUUGUGCGACAUAGUUGCUGAUUCGAGUAGUUGGAACGGCGUAAACUUCGUACCAAAAAUUGUCGGUGAAAAAUUAACAGAAGAUGGGAAUCCUUUCGGUAUGUCAACUAGAUAUUCACUUGCUUGCCGAUACUGUUUGGUGGCUAAAAUUCCAAAACUAUUCCAAGAACUGCUCACCAAUUACAAUCCUGACAUUAUUAAACACAUGGUUUUUCCGCCGCAUUUAAAAAAGGAACUGCUUCUCUUAGAACUUGAUGACAAUUCGCCGAUUGAUAGUUACUGGUCACUUUUAAUCGACAAAAAUAUGAAAAAAAUCAAAAAACAAAACCCAGAAGAUGGAUUUUAUACGGCCGUUCAAUACUUUUGGUAUGAAGGUAUCGUGCAUUUCUAUAAUCAAUGCGAUUAUUUCUUAAAGUCUGAUUUACUGAGUAAAUGUUUGGUCGCACUGGUGAAUACUUCGAAACCUGUUUUGGAAGAAGGCAACAUUUUAGAUUUUUGUAUGGAGCGAAUUGAUAAAGAAGAUUUUAGUUGUAUAUUCGAACUUGAUCGUAAACGAACACAUUGUCUAUUGAUAUUAAUAAUCAGGAACGGUCGGCUGGAUUUGUUUGAAAAAACGUUUAAAUCGUAUCGAAUGAAAUCUGCAACGUAUGAUGAGUAUUUGGAGUAUUUAUAUCUGUUGGCUGAAAAUUUUAAGAAGAACAUUGAGUUAGAAGAGAACUGGAACACUUUCAUGUUUCUGUGGGAACUCGAUUAUUAUGAAGAUUAUCGCUUAGAAAUGUUUAAAGAACAUAAAAUGCGUAAGGUAUUCAUAGAUUUGUUAUUUUAUUACUUAGAAAGUGAAUACAACAUGAAUAAAAUAGUGGAAUUAAAGAAUGUCAUACGGUAUUCGUCGAAUAAUAUGAAUGAGUUGAAACAUUUGUUUAUUGAAAGAAUAGCCGAAACUAGAGGAUUCACAAGGGAACGCUUCAUAAAGUACAUCUACGUCUUUGAAAAAUUUAUGAAAUACAACCAACAAAGAAAAAUUGGUUUUAUUUAAAAGUUUUGUAAUGUGUAAUGUAAUUUUUGAGAUAUUGUAACUUGUUUUAAUAAAGCUUUUAAAGAACAA